AUGGCUAAGUCAAGCUCUUCAGUUCCCCUAAUCUUCAUUCUUGUACUGGUGCUCUCCAUUUCUGCUUUAGAUGCAAGGAAGUUGUUGAGCAUGGAGAAGAAAGAAGGGGUUUCUUCUAUGGAGGAGAGUCUGAUCCUACCUUCUCUUCCCAAGGGUUCUACACCACCUUCUUCUCCUAGUGAUAAAGGUUAUGCAAUGGUCAAUAUCAAUGGGAGGCUCUUCAGUAUCCAUCUUCCCAGCAUUAAAGAUAGGAUGCUAGGAGAGUCUGUCCCAAGUCCAGGAAUUGGACAUUAG